AUGGAGGUCUUCACCUUACUUGAGGUCAUCGCUGUCUUAUGGCUGACAGACAAAACCGUUCUAAUCACGGGGUGUGACACGGGCUUCGGGAACCUCCUGGCCAGGCGGCUGGACCAGCUCGGCCUGCGGGUGUUCGCGGGCUGUCUGACCGAGGCCGGCGUGGCAGAGUUACGGCAGUCCUGCUCCGAACGGCUGCAGCCGAUCCGGAUGGACGUCACCAGCUCAGACAGCGUGAAGACUGCGUUUCGUGUGGUGGAGAAGGCUGUGGGGAGUAAAGGUUUGUGGGGACUGGUGAACAAUGCAGGCAUAGUCGGAUCGGGGGUAGGAGCCAUGGAGUGGUCAACUGUAGCCGAUUACCAGGCCGUCAUAGAUGUGAACUUGCUGGGGAUGAUUGACGUCACCAGGACUUUUCUACCUCUUCUCAAGAGGUCACGUGGCCGUGUCGUCAACGUCGCAAGUGUUGCUGGGAGGCUGGCCUUGAACUACAUCACACCUUACUCUGUCUCCAAAUUCGGCGUGGAGGCGUUUUCCGACUCCCUGAGACGAUCCAUGAGGUGCUUUGGGGUGAAAGUUCACAUCAUCGAGCCUUCAUUUUUCCGGACAAACAUCAAUAACAUGGAGGUGAUCAUCCGUCUUCUGGACAACAUCUGGCAGCGGCAGAGUCCAGAGACGAAGAAGGAGUACGGACAAGAGUUCCUACAAGCUACGAAGGACGUAAUCAUAGCUGGAGAUGGGAGAAAGUUGGAUCCAGUAGCUGUUGUCGACGCUAUGGAGCAUGCGCUGUGCGCUACCCGCCCCCGUAGCCGCUACGUUGUGGGCUGGGAUGCAUGGCUGGUCUUUGUUCCCAUCUCCUGGCUUCCUACCGAACUGGGCGACUUGGUGUUACGGGUGUUAAGUCCAAAAAUAACACCAACGUGUUGUAGGAAGGGUGGAGAAUGA